AUGUUUUCUCAAUACACAAAGGAUUUGUGGAAUCGGCCUCGAGGGUCUGUUUCUUCAGAUUCAUCACAAGAACCUGGUGCAUCUCUUUUUUAUUCUGUCCCUAAUCUAUUAACGGAUGCCGAAAUUCGUGAAUCCAUUUCUUUGCAACCUUCGCAAGUGCGAAAUUAUAAUCAAUAUGACGAUGGCGACGAACAUCUGGGAUCCGAUCCUGUUCCUGGAACAGCUUUCUUAGAAAAUUCAUUCUCGGAUAAUCGAAAUAUACAGGCCGCGGCAGCGAUCUAUCGCAACGUCCCUCCUUCGCCCACUACUAGAGUAUCUAGCGAUACACUGUCGGAAGGGCUACUUCCUUCAUCUUCGAUACCACCCCCGCUAUUAUCAGGUCUUUCACAUCGUAAAUUCAGAGAUUCGGCAUUUGCGGUUUUAUUUGUUGUCGGAUUAGCGACAUUGUCGUUAAUAGGCUUAUUUUUAUUAUUUACAACUAGCUCUUCUCCGUCAGGAGGUGGAACCCCUUUAAUAUGGGGAAUAUUAGUAUCGGUUCCAUUUAUAUUUGCGAUAAUGUUUAUUUGGACUGUUGUGGCAGCUUUAACUGGACCUCGUCAAGAAUCCGGAAAUCGUGAUCCGCAAGACAUUUUGCUUUUGGUUUUAUCCUUUAUUCCAUUCUUUAUUUCGUUCGGCUCUGUUAUAGGUUUAUACACUCGUAAAAAGGAUAUUGAGAAAACAAUAAAUAUAAUAGAGUUGGCUUGUGAAAUCUUUAACGCAAAUCACAGAAUGCUUGGCGUUUCGUUAACACUAUUAGGUGCUUACGUCUUGUUCGCAAUAAUAUGGUUGAUAUUUUUCAGUAGAGUGUUUUUGAUUGGUCUUACGGUUCAGACUUCAACAGAUGUGUCUAACACAAAAAUAUAUUUGCUGAUAUUAUUUUUUGUAUUUAUGUAUAUGUGGACAUCUGCUGUAUUAAAAAAUAUUCAAAAAGUAACCCUUGCAGGAGUUGUGUCAGAUUGGCGUGAACAAAGUCGUGAUGCUUCUAAAGAUACUUCUGCUUUGGCUUUUCAUAAAGCCACUACAAGCUCAUUAGGAUCAAUAUGUCUAGGCAGUCUCAUUAUGUUUACUGUUCAAUGCUUGCAAAAUAUGAACGAAUUUACGAAAAAGAAUUCCAAACUAAACCCGGUUUUUUAUUAUGCGGCUGCGUGUAUGUCCUAUAUUGACGGAUUAAUAGAUGUUCUGAAUAAUUAUACUUUGAUAUAUGUUGGAAUUUCUGGUGAAAGUUUUUGUUCCUCAGCAAUGUUUACCACAAAAUUAUUUCGUCGAAAUCUGAUCUUUGGACUAGUUAAUGGUAAGGCAUAUUUUCUCAUUCAUAUUGCUUUUGAUUCAUCGACUAUCCUAUAA